AUGAGAGGCAGGGGUGUUGUCGGCGAAGUGGUGCGCAUGUGCAGUGGCGGCGCCCUGGAAAUAAUAGAUACAAUGAAACGUGACGCUUAUGGCGACGAUGGUCCUAUGCAAAAACGUCACCGACAUACUGACGAUGAAGUCACUUUUCUUAUACCGAGCAAGGUGGCAGGCUCGAUUAUCGGGAAAGGAGGUUCCAAUAUAUCGAAGUUAAGGAAUGAGUGUCUUAAACAUACAUGUCAUGUGCAUCGUCCACUGCGUAUACGAUGUCGUGUGAGAGCGCGAGGCGCGUGGUGCGCCGCUACAGCUACUCUUGGUUGCCGGUCCCGCCCUCCGGACGCCGCGCCCCGCACCCGCCGCCCCGCCACGCAGUACAAAGCCUCUAUAACAGUCCCAGAUUGCCCCGGCCCUGAACGAGUACUGUCCAUAACGGCGUCGGAUAUCGACACGAUUAUGGAAAUUGUAAAAGACAUUCUUCCAAAUUUGGCUGAUGGGAGUCCAAAAGGCAGUAACAACGACGAUCUGGACAUCCGUCUUCUUAUUCAUCAGAGCCGAGCCGGAUGCGUCAUUGGCAAAGCGGGAACGAAAAUUAAGGAACUAAGAGAGAAAACUGGCGCCCGACUCAAAAUCUUCUCGAACACGGCACCGCAAAGUUCUGAGCGCGUCGUGCAACUCGUCGGCAAGUCCGAUGCCAUCGCGGCCGGCGUGAGGGAAGUACUCCAUCUCAUACGUCAGGUACCGAUCAAGGGCGCUAUUCAGAAUUAUGAUCCUCAUAACUACGACGAUUACUACGCGGACGAGUAUGGUGGCUUCGGGAGUGGGCAGGCGCCUCGGGGCGGGCCUCGAGGGGCUCCCCCGCGCGGGCCUCCACGGGGCCCUCCACCAAUGGGGCCCGGUGGCAGGCCCCCGCCGCCGAGGGGAGGACCGCCCAUGGGCCGCAGCGGGCCACCCCCUCCCCGGGGCUUCAACGACUUCGCGGGCCCCGGGCCGCGAAGCAACUUCAAUGGACCCCCGCGCGGCAACUUCAGUGGCGGCUUCAGCAACAACUUCAGCAGUAGCCGCUCGUCUUCAAGCGGUAACUUUAACGGCAAUAGUGGUAACCAGCAAGAGACUACCACACAAGUUACCAUACCCAAAGAUCUGGCGGGCGCCAUCAUAGGCAAGGCGGGGUCCCGCAUCCGCAAGAUCCGCGCCGAGAGCGGCGCCGGCAUCGAGAUCGCGGAGCCGCUGCCGGGCGCCGCCGACCGCAUCAUCACCAUCACCGGCACGCCGCAGCGCAUACAGAAGGCGCAGUACCUGCUGCAGCAGAGUGUACACGAGAGCAACCCCAACCUGGGCCGUGGAAACUUC